AUGAAUCAUAAAAGACAAGCAGUGGCAGUAACAAAAUGUAGUUGAGCUAGAGGGAAGAGUAAAAAGUAGAAGUUAAUAUNCAAUUAUGGAAGCAAGGUGUAAGUUGUUUAAAGGUUCAAUAAUUCUGUCAGUUCCUUAGUGUACUUGUAAAAGAAGAAAAUAUUGAUAACUGGAUCAUGGGAUUGUUCAUUGAAGAAGUUUGAGUGUUCAGAAAAUCAAAUUAAGUAAGAUACUGAAGAAAUGAUUGAUGAUUGGGAGGCUUAAAUAACUCAUAUUGCUGCCACUGAAGAUGAAUCAAUGAUUGCAGUCGGAGAUGUCGAUGGUAAAGUGAUUACAAUAAGUACCAGCAAUUGGACACAACAGAAUCAGUUUGAAAUCAAUGGGGAGAAAAUAGUAAAAUUACUAUUUUUUAAAACAAGUUUGCUUGUAGUAGGUGAUACUUAAAUUAAGAUGUUCAACAAUACUAGUUAAUUAUUGGAUUUCAAGAUUGAUAAAAACAAUGGAAUUGUAACAGAUGUAUUGAUCGAUCGUGAGAAGUAUCUUGUUGUAUGUAAUAAUGUCUUGCUAUUAAACAAGCUACCAAAAAGGGAUACGUAGCUGUAUUCUCUAUGUUGUUGGAGAGCAAAUUAGGAUACCUAUUUACUGAUUAUUAGACCUAGCCAGAUUUGAUUGUAAAUUAAGAUUAGCAAUUUACAAAGAUGUCCUUGUAAGACAAAGCCCUGGUGUUGGCAAGUCAGAAUGGUAGUGUCAACAUAUUACAAUAUUGAUAUAAUAUAUUGAUAUAAUAUAUAUAUAUAAAAU